AGAAGAAAACACGACAGGCAGGAUGGAUUUAUCAUCACAAGAAUAUGAUCCCACUGAGUUUUGUUUUCCUGCAGUGAACAACUCUUGUCUUAAAGGCAUACAUCUUGUUUCCACUCAGACUGUGUUGUAUCUCAUAUUGGUGUCGGCGAUGACUGUAACUAUUCUAGGAAAUUCUGUGGUCAUCAUCUCCAUAGCGCACUUCAAACAGCUCCAGACUCCCACUAACAUCCUGGUGAUGUCUCUGGCUCUCGUGGAUCUUCUGCUUGGACUGGUGGUCAUGCCUUUCAGUAUGAUCCGUUCUGUCGAUGGCUGCUGGUACUAUGGAGAUGCCUUCUGUUUGCUCCACUCCACUUUUGACUUAUUUCUCACAUCUGUGUCUAUUUUGCAUCUUGUUUGUAUUGCUAUUGACCGACAUCAGGCUGUGUGUUAUCCGCUUCAGUACCCUACAAGAAUAACCAUGCCUGUUGCAUGGGUCAUGGUGCUGAUAAGUUGGAGCAUGGUUGCAGUAUAUUCAUAUGGUCUACUGUAUUCAAAGGCUAAUGUGGAAGGACUGGAGGAAUAUAUAAAAUCAAGAUACUGUAUAGGAAGUUGCAGUCUGCUUUUCAGUAAAUUGUGGUCUGUUUUAGACACAUUAUUAACGUUUUUCUUGCCUUGUUCUGUCAUGGUUGGACUAUAUGUGAGGAUUUUUGUAGUUGCAAAAAAACAUGUAAGAACAAUCAGUGAGGCAAACCAGAAUGAAAAUGUGAAUGUGUUUAAAAGCUCUCGACGAUCUGAGCGCAAAGCAGCAAAAACUCUUGGUGUGGUCGUGGGUGUCUUUAUUUUUUGCUGGCUGCCUUUUUUUAUUAACUCUAUGAUUGAUCCCUACAUCAACUUUUCCACCCCAGUUGCUCUUUUUGAAGUGUUUGUCUGGUUAGGCUACAUCAACUCAACCAUAAACCCCAUCAUAUAUGGCUUUUUCUACCCAUGGUUUAGAAAAACCCUUUCUCUCAUUAUAACAAUGAGAAUAUUUGAACCAAACUCGUCUGACAUCACUGUUUUCACGGUUUGACUUUAUUUCAUUGUGAUCUGACCUCACAUAAAUAAACAACAGUGUAAAAUCCCAUGUGUUUUAUCUAUGAAAAAGAUCAAAACAGUGGCCUAUAUGAAAAUUAAACUUUUUCAACAAAAAAAGCAAAAGCAGUCCAUCUUAGUUCAACAAGUUGUGAGGCAGACAUAACUGUAUUUUAAACAUAAACAUAAACAUACAUAAAUACCAGGUCUAAAAAACUGCCCACUCAUUUUGUAGGACUGUAUGAGCAAAAAUGAGGGAAUCCUCACACACUUAUAAACAAUAUGUGCAUAGAAUGCUGCAGUAAUUACGUAUUUUUGUAUCUUGAGUUUGCAUCACCUUGGUUCCCUCAACAAAAACCAAAUACGAUUUUUUCCAUUGGCUUUUGGAUUAUUGCAGAAAAUAAGCUCUGGCUUACAAAAGUUUAUAAUUCUCAUAUGUGUUGUUCAUCAUGAUAAUCUUCACAAAUUAACCCAACUUUUAUAAAUUUUGAAGUGUAAAGACAGUCAGCAGAAGUUGGCCUACCUAAAUGUAGGCUAUAAACGAACUACACCACAGUCGCAUGACUUCAGCAUCACCAUCACUAAGCUUCCGACAACUCUUUCAGUCUUUGUUUAAAUACAUUUUCCCUGAAAGUUCAAGUUAUAAUAGUUUGCAAGGGCACGAUUAUAAACACAACAAGGCUGUAAAAGUGGAGUUGUGAGUAGAUAAGUUUUCCUGUUUGGCCUGAUGAUGUUUAAUAUUCCUGACAACCUCUGUAGUCUCAUUUAGACACUUGUUAGCAGCCACCUUUUACAAGACAAGUAACAGCUUAAAAAAAAAAAAAAAAAAAAAUACACAAGAGGGUAUUACUGAUGUAUUUUAAUAAAAUGUGAAAAAAUUAUCUUGAGUUCGCCAAAGACCUUAUUUCAGGCACUUGACCAAAAACCCAUUCAAAAAAACCACUGACUUCAGGACAAUGGAACUGGUAGUGCUAAAAUGCCAACUUGUUUCUGAGUUUUGGCCUACAAAAAUGUCAUCACCACUCUUUUAUGUAUGACAUAAAAUACAUAUUGCAUUCUGAAUGAUGAAAAAAAAAAAACUACACUUUAAUACAAAUUAUAACAUGAAAUAAACAUGAAUGAACAUCAGAGGGUAUGUUGAAAGAUACAGUAGGCUACAGCUUGCCAAAAUGUAUCAUAUAAUUUCAUAUAUUUACUCAAGCAAUGUUUAGACUGUGGAAAGGCAUCAAUAAAACAGCUUGUAAACAUGUCAUGGAGUUAUGUUUACCUCAGAAAAGCCACUCAUUGUCCAUGUCUAUAGUUUUUACACAAGUUAAGAGAUUUGACUAGUACUGUACCUGAUAUAUUUCCAAAGGAAUUUAUAUCAAAUCAAACUGUUUGGAAUUUGAAUAAAUCAGAGCAGGUAGAGAGUUCAGAUUUGCAUUUCUUGGCUGUGACUGGACAGACAGAAAGUUCAUAAUCAGCCUCCUUGGCCAUGACAGGGCACACAGAGAUAACAGUGAGCACAUGUAAAACAGACAGUUCACAAGCGAACACAGGUGCCUUUGGAGGAGCUGUAGCAGUAGCCAGCUCCACCAGAGUGAGACCACUGGACUUGGGAUCACUGGACUCGACCCAAUUGCCGCUCGUACCUCGAAGGGUGGAUCCAUCUCACUGGAUAUCAGACUCUUUCAUUCUUGAACUGUUCCAGUGAUCGAGGGGAUUCGUAGCAGACCAUGGUGUGGCGGCCAUGAUGUGAUGAGACGAGACUCUGGCGGCCAUGAUGUGAUGAGACGAGACUCUGGCGGCCAUGAUGUGACAAGACAAAACAAGAUUCUGGUGUGGCAGCCAUGACAUGACAAGACUCUGGUGUGGCGACCAUGAUAUAACAAGACUCUGGCGUUAUGGCCAUGACGUGACAAGAUGAGACUCUGGUAUGGCAGCCAUUAUGUGACAAACUCUGGCACGGCAGCCAUGUCAUGACGAGACUCUGGCGUUGGGGCCAUGACGUGACAAGAUUCUGGCGUGGCAGGCAUGACGUGACAAGACGAGACU